GCCGGCGCGCGGGCAUGAGGGCAUCCCGGGACUCGGCCUCUCCCGCUUACGCUCUUGCGUCUGAGGUGCUGGGGGAAUGGGGUGGGGGAGCGGCAGGUCUGAUGGCGUCCAGCCCGGGGUUCUGAAUGCGGGCCGCGGGUGAUCAGAGGCGCCCACUUCUGGCGCCAGCCUUGAGCUUGUCGCUUCGCUGCGCCUGGCCUGCGUUCCCUCGGGCAUAAAGCUGAAAUAGACACAGUUCUCUCUCAGUUCAGGGAACCCGAGAGGGUAUGCAUGUGACCGUCAGUGCUCAGCACGACCCAGAGCAUCACUCUGGAUGCGGUUCUGGAGAGGGCCUCCCCUGCUCCUGCUCCUACCUUAGGCUCACUCCAGGGGAGUCUGGCCCCCAGGCCUCGCCCAGCUGGAAGCUGGGGGCUGGUGAGAGCCUCGAGAGCAGAGGUGAGGUGGGAGCACGGCUUUUGGAAUUGCUGCUCCUCCAAUAGGAGUAGAAGGGCCCUGACCAGGCUGGAAGACACGGUGGUCACUGGCUGUAAGUUUGCAGGUGCCAUCUGUGCGUUACAGCUGAAGCUGGCUUGCCGCUUAUGGCAGCGAAUCCAUUUUCCUGUUUACCACGCUUCCUUAUACUUGCAAAGGGAAUCCAUUACAGCAUUCAUUGAUGACGGUGUACAGGCGGGUUACGUCCUUGGGACGUGAACACACAACAGACCGCAUUGGUAUCAUUUGAAGAUGUGGCCGUGACCUUCACUGUGGAGGAAUGGAGACAUCUGGACCUGGCCCAGAGGACCUUAUACCAGGAGGUGAUGCUGGAAACUUGUGGGCUCCUGGUCUCUCUGGGGCAUCCUGUUCCCAAACCAGAGCUGAUCUCCCUUCUGGAGCAUGGGCAAGAACUGUGGCCAGGGAAGAAAGUCCUCUUCAAAAGCACCUAUACAGGUGAAAGAAGAAAACAUGAGACCACAGAGCUUACUGCUGCUUCCCACCUGGCCUUCACCGAGGAAGCUCCUUUCAAGGAACAAGUGACACAGGCAGCCCCAAGAGAUUCCAGAUUGGGGCAAGCAAGAGAUCAGGAAAAGCUGUCAGAAAUGCAGGAAGGGAACUUAAGGCCAGGAACAGACCCUGACGAGGAGACAUGCCCUAGGAAGUUGAACCAUAAACAUGAUUUGGAAACAGAUGAUAGUCUGUGUUUAAGGGUUUUACAGGAGCGAGUCACUACACGAGAUGCUCUGCAUGAACAUGAUUCCCAGGGACCAAGAAAAGACCCUGUGAUUGAUGCAAGGAAUAACCUCUACAAAUGCAAGGAGUGUGGAAAAGGGUUUAGCAAGAAUUGGGCCCUUGUUCGGCAUCAACAGAUUCAUGCUGGAGUGAAGCCCUAUGAAUGCAGUGAAUGUGGGAAAGCCUGUCGUUAUAUGGCAGACUUCAUUCGACAUAUGAGGUUUCAUACUGGGGAAAAACCAUACAAGUGUAUCGAGUGUGGAAAAGCCUUCAAACGUAGGUCUCACCUCACAGAGCACCAGCGUAUUCACACUGGAGAUAAACCCUACGAGUGCAAAGAAUGUGGUAAGGCUUUCACCCACCGCUCCUCUUUUAUCCAGCAUAAUAUGACCCACACUAGAGAAAAGCCCUUUUUGUGCAAAGAAUGUGGGAAAGCUUUUUACUACAGCUCUUCCUUCGCCCAACACAUGAGGAUUCACACUGGAAAGAAACUCUACGAGUGCAGUGAAUGUGGAAAGGCCUUUACUCACCGCUCCACUUUUAUCCAGCAUAAUAUGACCCACACGGGAGAAAAGCCCUUUUUGUGCAAAGAAUGCGGAAAAGCUUUUUGCCUCAACUCAUCCUUCACUCAACACAUGAGGAUUCACACUGGAGAGAAACCCUAUGACUGCAACGAGUGUGGCAAGGCCUUUACUCACCGCUCCACUUUUAUCCGGCAUAAGAGGACCCAUACUGGAGAGAAGCCCUUUGAGUGCAAAGAAUGUGGGAAAGCCUUUUGUGACAGCUCUUCCUUAAUUCAACACAUGAGGAUUCACACUGGUGAGAGGCCCUAUGAGUGCAGUGAAUGUGGAAAGGCCUUUACACACCACUCUGUUUUUAUCCGACAUAACAGGACCCAUAGUGGAGAAAAACCCUUGGAGUGUAAAGAAUGUGCAAAAGCCUUUUACUAUAGCUCUUCCUUUACUCGACACAUGAGGAUUCACACUGGAGAAAAACCCUAUGUAUGCAGAGAAUGUGGAAAGGCCUUUACCCAACCUGCAAAUUUUGUUCGGCAUAAUAGGAUCCACACUGGAGAAAAACCCUAUGAGUGCAAAGAAUGUGAGAAGGCUUUUUGUGACAACUUUGCCUUAACUCAACACAUGAGAACUCAUACUGGAGAGAAACCCUUUGAAUGCAGUGAAUGUGGAAAGGCCUUCAGCCACAGUUCAUCUUUCACUCACCAUCGAAAGAUUCAUACCAGAGUUUAAAAGAUGUAGGAAGAGCUUUUGCAAGUGUGUUCACUUCAAUUUUAGUGCACUCAUACUGGUGAAAUACCUUUCCUUUUGAAUAUAACUAUUCAGGAAAAUCUUUUGGCCAGAGAAAUAUCUUACUCAGUAUCUGAUAAUUCAUACUGAAGAGAACCAUCGUAAUUGCUAUCCAUAUGAAAGCUUUCUGAGGAAGGUCAUCUGAAGGGUCAUUAGAAAUUGACCUGCCUAAAGCCUUAUGCUAUAUCUGAAAAUUAUCCACAAGAGAGACCCAGGGGUUAUCAUGCAUUUAGGAAGAAUUUCAGCAACAGUUCUGCCCAUGUUUAUACUACAAAUUCAUCUUGAGUAUUUUAAAAGAACAAGGAGAGGUAGAAGAGGAAAUGUAUAAGAGAAAAGAAAAAGAAAUGCGUUUAUGGCUUCUUUUUAGUUUCCCUGCCAAGCUUGUAACAAUUUGUCAUUGGGGGGAGUGGUGUUGCGGAUACAAGAGAUAAAAAGGCCUCAUCCCCUUUAUGUGUUUUUUAUACAUCCAUAGUCAGGUGGGUUGGACCAUUCAGGGCAGCUCUGCCAACAUUUAUUAAAAGUAUUCUUUACUCCAAAACAUUGUCCUGUCCACCCUUGAGGAGCAUAAGUCUGUGAGAAAUAUAAAGGCCUGAGUCAUGGAAUACUUCUUACAGAUACACACACACAUGCCUAUAUAGGUGCAGUCAAUUCUUGUUAUGGUGGUUAGAUUCUAUAAAUUCACCACAAACACUGAAUUAGUGAAUGCUGGACCAUUGCUCCUAGGGGAAAUACAGGUUUCAUUUCCUUUGAGCCUCUGUUCACAUUUUCCUCAACCAAUCAAUACAUAACCUUUAUGGAAUG